UACUCACGCGCCGGAAGUGGGUUUGUGGAGUGAGACCGAGAAGUCGCGGAUGCUUGUGGGUCAGAGUCUCUGCUAAGCCUUAGAGUAAAGGGCUUUGCUGCUUUGGUAGGCAGCCUUUGCCAUGACAGCCCAGGGGAGUCUGGUGGCCAACCGAGGCCGGCGCUUUAAGUGGGCCAUUGAACUGAGCGGGCCUGGAGGAGGCAGCAGGGGCCGAAGUGACCGGGGCGGUGGCCAGGGAGACUCGCUGUACCCAGUCGGUUACUUGGACAAGCAAGUGCCUGAUACCAGCGUGCAAGAGACAGACCGGAUCCUGGUGGAGAAGGUACAGAGGUAUAGAUAUCACGGUGGUCUUUGGGCCAAUCCUGACCAACACACCAACCCUCCUCUCCCAGGCAGCAUAUGUGUAUCUUACUGUAGAUGGCCCGUAUCCCAAAUAUGUGCUUUCAAGAUGCUAGAAAGUUCAAGCCAGAAGUUUCUUCAGGGUUUGGUGUAUCUCAUCGGGAACCUCAUGGGUUUGGCAUUGGCUGUGUAUAAGUGCCAGUCUAUGGGACUACUGCCUACACAUGCAUCAGAUUGGUUAGCCUUCAUUGAGCCCCCUGAGAGGAUGGAGUUCAGUGGUGGAGGACUGCUUUUGUGAGCCUGAGAAAGAAGCCCCUGGUGCCUAUGUAUCUGGAUCUCAUUUCCAACCUUUCUUACGCCCAGCG